CGGGCGGAGGUGGCCAUUCUCCUCAGCCUCGCCUCCCCGGGCGCCGCCAUCGCCACCGCGCUCUACCGCCUCGCGCGCGGGGCUGCUUCCUCCUCCUCCUCCUCCUCCUCCUGAGGAGUCGCCGGGCUGGGAGUGGGAGCCCCCCCCCGCCUUCCUCCGGCGCGUGACGGUUCUUCUUCCCCGCCCGCCGCCGCCGCGCAGAGCAGGCCGGCGUGGGCGGGCGCCGCCACCAACCGUCACGCGGCGCGCGAAGCAGGCGGGCUCCUCCUGGGCCGGCAGCCGGCCGGCUUCUGCUUCUUCCUUCGCAGCGGCAGCGGCAGCAGCAGCAGCAGGCGCGUCUCUGACGAGGCCGCCGCCGCCCUCCUCCUCCCCCUCCCCCCUCGCUGCUCAGCGGCCGCGGCGGCAUGGAGAGCGCGGAGGAGGAGGACGAGGAGCAGGCCGCCCCCGCCGCGGCCUCCUCGCCCACCCCGCCGCCCCCGCGCCGCUCCGGGGACGCGGCCGCCGGCGCCGCCCUGCUGCUGAGCCCCCGCGGGGAGCCGCCACGGAGGCGGCCGCCGCCCUCCGCCCCAGUAGCAGGCGGCGGCGGCGGCGGCAUCUACGACCGUUUCGCGGCGCGGGGGGACGUCAUGGGCUCCUGGGUGCCGGAGCCUCCGCCGGACUCGGAGUUGCCUGCAGAGGCAGCGGGGCCGAGGCGAGAGGACGGCGGGCAGGAGGAGGAGGAGGAGGAGGAAGAGUCGCCGCCGCGGCCACCCGGAGGGCCUUCGCCGCCGCUGCUGUUGCGCCUCCCGCCGCCCCGCGCGGGCUCCCCGUCUGCUGCCGGCGCGCCGCCGCCGCCUCCUCCGGCCUCACUGUCGUCGUCGUCGUCGGGCUCCGAGGAAGGGCUGGCGCCCCACCCGCGGCCGGGGCACCGCCGCCCGGCGGGGCACCAUCGCCUCCACCUCCUGCACCACCAUCACCACCACCCGCACCAUCACCACCCGGCGGCGGCCGCAGGGGCUCUGCUGCACCGCGCCUCCCCGCCCCAAAGGCGACGCCGGCGCCGCCGCCUCCUGCUGGACGCCGGCGGAGGAGCCUCGCUGCUCUACCCGCCGCCUCUGGGCCGCGGCGGCCAGGAGGACGAAGCCGAGGACGACGAAGACGACGACGAGGAGGAUGACGAGGACGACGAGGAGGAGGAGGAGGAGGAGGACGGCGGCGAGGCAGGGGCGGCCGGCUGCCGGGGGAGAGGCGGGCUGGGCAGCAGCGAGAGCGCCGGCAGCCUGGGCUGCGUGCACGGGGCCCCCGGCGGUGGGGCGGCGGCGGCAGCAGCGGAGCCCCGCAAGCGGCCGCGGGGCACGGUGGGGCCAGGCGGGCGCGCGGCGUCCUCCUCCUCGUCGUCCUCGGUCACCCGGUGCUACGAGGUGGUUCGCGAGCUGGGGCCGGAGGAGGUGCGCUGGUUCUACCGCGAGGACCGCAAGAUCUGGAAGCCCUUCAUCGGCUACGACUCGCUGCGCAUCGAGCUGGCCUACCGGGCCCUGCUGCAGAGGCACCGGCAGCAGCAGCGCACGCCCAGCCCCACCGACGCCAGCCCGGAGAGGCAAGCCUCUGCUGCUGCCGCCACCGGCGCCCCGCUGAGCCCCGAGCCGGUGUGUGUCCGCAGCGGCCUCUACGAGGUGGACGUGGCCAGCGCCGAGAGCUACCCGGUCUAUUGGAACCAAACUGAAAAGAUUCCAGUGAUGCGUGGGCAAUGGUUUAUUGAUGGCACAUGGCAACCUUUAGAAGAAGAAGAGAGCAAUCUGAUAGAACAAGAACAUCUCAGUUGUUUCAAGGGGCAGCAGUUGCAGGAGAACUUUGACAUGGAAGUGUCAAAACCUGUAGAUGGAAAAGAGGUUAUCUACCAUCUUCCUCCCUUCUCCCUCCAUUCUCUGUUCAAAUGGAGAGGAUAUACGGAGAAUGCAGAGGCUUCAGGGCUUAAACGCAAGUGGUCUGAAGCUAUUCAUAGUUUAAAGCUGAGUCGUAACCAUGUGGACUGGCAUAGUGUGGAUGAAGUGUAUCUUUACAGCGAUGCAACAACUUCAAAAAUUGCAAGAACUGUCACUCAGAAGCUGGGAUUUUCCAAAGCUUCAAGCAGUGGGACAAGGCUUCAUCGAGGCUAUGUUGAAGAAGCUACUUUAGAAGACAAGCCAUCACCGACAACUCACAUUGUGUUUGUUGUGCAUGGCAUUGGACAGAAAAUGGACCAAGGAAGGAUCAUCAAAAACACCGCCAUGAUGCGGGAUACUGCAAGGAAAAUAGAAGACAAAUAUUUUAGCAACCUUGCAACACAUGUUGAGUUCCUGCCCGUUGAGUGGAGAUCCAAGCUUGCACUCGAUGGAGACACUGUUGACUCUAUUACUCCAGAUAAAGUUCGUGGCUUAAGAGAUAUGCUCAAUAGCAGUGCAAUGGACAUCAUGUACUACACAAGCCCCCUCUAUAGAGAUGAGCUAGUAAAAGGCCUUCAACAGGAACUGAAUCGUUUGUACACGCUUUUCUGUUCUCGGAAUCCAGAAUUCAAAGAGAAGGGCGGGAAAGUAUCAAUUGUGUCACAUUCCUUAGGAUGUGUAAUUACAUACGACAUCAUGACUGGGUGGAAUCCAGUCAGACUCUAUGAACAGUUACUUGAGAAGGAGUAUGAGGACCUGGAGGACACCUGGAUGACCUACGAGGAGCAGCAUUUGCUAGAAGAAUUUUACUUAACCAAACAGAGAUUGAGGAAGAUAGAAGAGAGAUUGCAUGAAUUGAAGACAUCCACCAUAUCCAAACUACCUGCCUUAAAAUUCAAGGUUGAGAAUUUCUUCUGUAUGGGAUCUCCAUUAGCAGUGUUUUUGGCCUUGCGUGGCAUCCGUCCAGGAAACAGUGGAAGUCAAGAUCACAUUCUGCCCAGAACUAUUUGUAACCGGUUGCUAAACAUUUUUCAUCCAACAGAUCCAGUGGCCUAUAGACUAGAGCCUUUAAUUCUGAAGCAUUAUAGCAACAUUUCCCCUGUCCAGAUCCACUGGUAUAACACCACGAACCCUCUACCUUACGAGCACAUGAAGCUAAGUUUCCUCAACCCAACAAAAGAACCUACCUCAGCCUCAGAGAGCGAACCUCUCCCCACACUUCCCAGCCCGACGACAUCGCCUGUCAUGACCCGGCGGCACUAUGGGGAGUCGAUAACCAAUAUAGGCAAAGAGCUGCUAGCAUUGGAAAAGGCCUGGGAGGGAUACUCUUCUCAAGAUUUGGACGUUCCAGUGUUCCCAGUGCACAGGCGCUUGAAUCGGGCAAAGAAGGCUCAGAAGGAGAAGAGAAGAAGACCUCAAGUCAGGCAACCAUUGGGACUCAGACCUUCCCACACAGCAGCUCCGGCUUCCUUGACCCAACGUUGGAGCUGGAGCACAGGAUCGACUUUGAGCUCAGGGAAGGCCUGGUGGAGAGCAGGUACUGGUCUGCUGUCACCUCACACACAGCGUACUGGUCCUCAAUGGACAUUGCUCUCUUCCUUCUCACCUUCAUGUACAAGCAGGACCAUGAGGACGACGGCAUCAAAUCACAUCUGGAGCCUGUUUGAUUUUAGUUUUGGGGGGGGGGAGGCGGGGGGAAAGUGGACAAAAGUGUCCGGACGUGGCAUCUGUGUUAAAGGCAUGGAGGUUUCAGGUUUACAUGCAUGUCUGGAUUCCUUCUCUCCAAGAUUCUCUGUCCUUAACAGCACCUUUCCCGUUUUUGAACCAUCCGGUCUGCUAAUUAAGACCACCUUGAAAGGCUGCUCUCAGUUCCCGUUGUUUCAACUGUGCAAACAAGCCAACAGUGGCGUUUCCACAUCCAUGCUAUAAGGUGACAUCUUUUCCGAUUAGCAUAACUGCUGUUCAACAGAGUUCACUUUUUGUUUAAGUGCAAAGAUUUGUUGGCUAAAAUGAAAUUCAUUUCCAUUUAAGAGGAAUGCCUGCAAACCUAAAACAGCCAUGUUCUGUGUCCUUUGUAUUGGUAAAUGAGAAGCCAGCAGCGGUCUCAUGGUCUAGACCUGGAAUCUGUCGGUCCCACUUCCACUUAAAAUUCCUCCAGAAUGACUGGCUCAAAGGGUGUGCUAACACAACUCAUUCAGAAACUAAUACUGGCAAGCAGGCAUGAGGCAAAUGUUUUAAAAUGCUGUAAUUAUUAUUUAUUAUUACCUCCAACUGUUUUGUUUUAUUCCACUGUGUAAAAAGCAUUACUUUUCUACAAAUUAAUUUCUCUUUUUUGGGUUUUUUUGGACAUAAUUUAAAGAACCACAUUUAUUUUCUACAGUGUUAACUUUAUUCCUCAAAUGGCAUAUCUUUGUACUAUUCAAAUGAGCUAUGGACACUGUGGCACACUUUUCAGUAUUUUUUCAUUAAAAAAUAAAUCUUUGUGGUAUCACA